GUCAUGAGCACUCUCAGGAGAACAGCUGCAGGUGGGCGCUUCGGUGCCGUCGAGUGUGACGCGCCCGACCGGCGAUGUGAUGUGACGGGAGGUGCUGGCGGGCCCAACGGGAGCUUCCCAAUGGCCGCCGGUGUGAAAGGGCCACAUUAGGGCCGGGCUAGCAGUGGAUGCGAGCAGGCGAUGCUGACCAUUCGACCACUCGAGCCCUAGCUUUCCCCGCCGUCCAUCGAGGCUAUACAUACAUAACCCGUCGGCCGUCCGCAAGUCUCUCGCCCCUCGUUCUCGUUCGUGCAUGUCUCUGCUCAGCCUGGGGAGGAUACAUGUAGAUCCAACCCCCCAAUGCAGUCCCAGCUUGAGUCGAGCUCACAGCCGUCGUCAUGAGCGGACAACUGCGCCUCGACACGUCCAAUCUGGGCGCGGACCAGAGAUAUUCCUUUCUCGAGACCCCUCAAAACAUGCAUGCCUCUAGGGGUCAAUUGGGACAUCAGGCCCUCCCGCCAUCGACCGCAUCAGACAUCCAGGUGGCAGAACCGCAGGUCGGGCCCCCGCCGACCCAGAUGCCCAUGAACGAGAAAUCGCCGCAAUACCAGCAAGACAUGUCGGCCUACGGCUACCCCAGUGGGCCAAGCAUCGCGCAACAUCCAGCCAACUAUGCCCCAUACGCCGAUGAACCACCACCACCACCACAGCCACAGCAAGUCCAGUCUCAAACCACAAUCCCCCACGACCCCCAUACAUACAUCCCGCACUCUCCUGGACCCCUCCCAACCAAAGCAGACCCCAUGGUAUCCCAUUCCCCGCACCCAUCCAGUCCCCCGCCCAUGGCACUCGCAGCCCCAACCCCAUUAUACUCGCCCUCAUUCCCGCAGUACCCCCUUCGGGCAGCGUCCGGCGCCCCAAUGACACCCGCAGGGAUGGAUAUCACGGCGCACCACCGACCCGGACAGAUCCGCCACCCGGACCAAGAAAUCCGCGGCGGCACAUGGAGCACGAGCCUCUGCGGCUGCUCGGACAUCGGGGCCUGCUGUCUGGGGUUCUUCUGCCCGUGCGUCCUCUACGGGAAGACCCAGCAUCGACUUUCGCGGAAGUCGCGCUCCGAGGACCCCACCAAUAUGCUGGGAUAUAGUUGCUGCAAUGGUUCCUGUACGGCCAUGGCGCUGCUGUGUGGAUGUCACUGGCUCUUCGCCACCAUCCAACACACCCGCACCCGCAAGGCCUACAGCAUCGAAGGCAAUAUCGCGUCGGACUGUAUCCGCGCAACCUGCUGU